UCCAGGUCGGUCUUUCUACUUGUACAAAGAGAACUCUGUGUAAGCAACAACCGCAGCGAACAACUGCAGAACACCAACCUCCCACUCUCACUCCGAGGAAAAAUCAAGGCAAACUCCAAAAAGCUGUGAAGCCUUUCAUUAUAGAACAAACUGAAUUUGUGAGAAUUCGUUUGUUUUGAGCAGUUUUUUAGGUAAGUUUCCCUAUCUGUGAAAGGUUUGUGUGCUGUUCUUGGGGGCAUUUCGGUCGAACCUAUCGAAUUGCUGCAAAAUUCAAGAUUCAGCUUUUAGUUUGAUUUGUAUGAUCCUUUCCCUUUGUGGGUUUUGAAAAGUUGUGGAAUUCAAAUGGUUACCCAUGUUUGUAACUUGAAUUAGGAAUAUUUUUCACUACACCCUGUUGGGAUAAUGUAUUUGAAGGAGGGAUGUUCCUUGCUGCUUAAAGUCCACAAACCUUCAAUCCCUUUUGUCCUCAACACAACCCCAAUUCUCAAUCCUACCUGUAAUAACGAGGCGAAUUUGAACCCCCAUUUGGUUAAAGAAUGUGAUGUUUUGAGGAGGUUAAGGCAUGAAAGUGACAUCACUUUGGCAUUGGAAUACUUCAAGUCCAUUGCAAAUUCAAAAUCUUUCAAACACACUCCUUUAACAUACCAAGUCAUGAUUGAAAAGCUCGGGCGAAGGGCUGAGAUGGAUGGGGUCCAGUAUCUGUUGCAGCAGAUGAAGUUGGACGGCAUUAGUUGCUCGGAAGACUUAUUUAUUAGCGUGAUAAAUUCUUAUCGGCAAUCUGGGGCCGCCGAGCAAGCGCUGAAAACGUUUUAUCGGGUGCAAGAUUUUGGGUGUUCACCGACGGUCAAAAUAUAUAAUCACAUUUUUGAUGCAUUGCUUAAUGAGGAUAGGUUUCAUAUGAUAAAUCCUAUAUAUAGUAAUAUGAAGAAAGAUGGGUUGGAGCCCAAUGUGUAUACUUAUAAUAUUCUUUUGAAAGCUUUGUGUAAGAAUAAUCGGGUGGACGGUGCUCAUAAGUUGCUCGUAGAAAUGUCGAAUAAAGGUUGCUCUCCUGAUGCAGUGAGCUACACAACGAUUAUAUCUUGUAUGUGUAAUCUUGGUAAGGUGAAAGAAGCAAGGGAUAUUACCAAUCGGUUUCCCCCUAUAGUACCUGUUUAUAAUGCUUUGAUCGAUGGGGUGUGUAGAGAAUCCAAUAUUGAGGAGGCAUUUGAGUUGUUGAAUGAGAUGAUGAAUAAGGGAAUCGGUCCUAAUGUAAUCACUUACACAACUAUCAUCAAUGCUCUUUCUGAUGCGGGAAAUAUUCACUCGUCUCUUCCUAUUUUGGCCCUAAUGUUCAAGAAAGGAUGUGGUCCCAAUAUUCAUACUUUUACUUCCUUGAUAAAGGGUUUUUUCCUGAAAGGUAAAUCUUAUGAGGCCCUUGACAUGUGGGAACGAAUGAUGGAAGAGGGAAUCUAUCCCAAUGUUGUUUCAUACAACUCACUGAUACGAGGUUUAUGCUCUGUUGGUAAUGUGGGGAAAGCUGUAUCUGUUUUUAAUCAAAUGGUGAGAAGUGGUUUUUCUCCAAAUGUAACAACAUAUAGCACUCUUAUUGAUGGCUUCGCAAAAGCUGGGAACUUGGUCGGUGCGACUGAGACGUGGAAUGACAUGAUUACCCAUGGCUGCCAUCCAAAUGUCGUGGCAUAUACGUGCAUGGUUGAUGUCCUUUGUAGGAAUCUCAUGUUUGACCAAGCCCAUUGUCUUAUGCAGAAUAUGGUGAUGGAAAAUUGUCCCCCUAAUACAAUUACCUUUAAUACAUUUGUCAAAAGUUUGUGUGGCAGUGGAAGAGUAGAUUGGGCCAUUAAGUUGCUUGACCGAAUGGAAGAAAAUGGGUGCUUGCCAAAUAUCACGACUUAUAAUGAAAUAUUGGAUGGUCUUGUCAAAGAGAACAACUUUACAUUAGCAUUUGGAGUGGUUAAGGAGAUUGAAGAAAGGGGGCUCGAGCUUAAUUUAGUGACUUACAACACUAUGAUACAUGGUUUUUGUUGUGCUGGUAUGCUAGAGGAGGCUUUGAAGGUUGUUGGGAAGAUGUUGGUCGGAGGAUUAAAGCCUGAUGCUUUCACAUUUAACAUAAUAAUAAACGCAUACUGUAAGAAUGGAAAGGUUGAGUUUGCCAUUAAACUGCUGGAUGCAAUGAGUGCAGCAGGUUGGUGUCCAGACAUAGUUUCUUACACAAGUCUUAUAUGUGGGCUUUGUGAGUUUGCUGGUUUGGAAGAAGCUAAUGUUUAUCUUCACAGGAUGUUAAAGGAAGGAAUUGUCCCCAAUGUUGCAAUAUGGAAUGUCUUGGUCCGGUUUUUGUUUAGUAAAGUAGGUUUUUCAGAGGCGCUGAUUUUUCUAGACAAUAUAUUGGAUGGGUAAAUGUCAUGCAAGACCACAGAUGGUUAAUGAACAGCUGAUGAAGUGCAACAGACGUCUUUAUUGUCUGGAUUUGUAAUUUCUGGAGGAAUUCUUCUUGUUGGGAUAUUGUACACUUCCAGCAUCUGGCUCUUUCACUGGGGUAUGUAUUCUCAAAGGGAAAAUUGGUCUUUCCAUGCAGUAAUCCUAAUGGCCCCUUUGGAUUGUGAGAGAAGAAAAGGAAGGAGAAUCCUAUCACUUGUUUGAAUGAAUAAAGAGAUGAGAAACGUUGAGAAAGGAAGAGAAAUGAUGGAUUUUGAAGAAGCGGCCUAGCUAUGCAUAGCCCUGGUUCUAUGAUGAAAGACUUUUAUGUUUAUUGGUCCAUUUUUGUUUCUCACCAAAAGAUGAGAAACCCCAAUCCUUUCUUUUCUCAACAGCAAGGAGCUCAAGCAUUUUCAUGGCUUACUGCACUGGAGAAGUUGUGUAGUUUGUAUCUUAGUGACGGGCAUAGAGAAUUGGUACUUCUCUUGAAGUUCUCAGCCAUGUUUUGGAUGUAUGUGUUCUACUGUGAUGGGAAACUGAGGAUUGAUCCACUAUAGCUUUCCUCUUCGACGUGUAUUAUUCCGCAUCUCUUUUUGUUUAGCAGAUUGGGAUUCCAUCUUGAUAGAAAGAUACAAGGAAGAAGACCAUCAUGGAGACAGAAAAGAUGAUGAGAAGAAAGAUGACUGUGUGAUAGUAUGCUAGGACUGCUCAUUCAGCUCUAAUCUUAUGCAGCUUCUGCUCGCUCUCGCCUUUACUCUGUUUUGGUCCAACUUAGGAUUUCUGGAGCUAAUAGUACUUCUCUGUAGUUGCAGCUGAACUUAAUCUUGUCAUGUAUUCCAGAGCCCAAUGGCGAACUUGGUGAUCAAAAGGAUUUAGCUCAGACAUCUUCUUUUCUCUUUCUUUUCCCUUUUUAUUAUCCAGGUGGGAGAGUGACAUAUUCAAUAGGAAACUUCAAACAAAGAAAAUCAGAAAAUGAUAUUGUUCUGGCA